AUGAUGAAUCCUCACUUAAGUCACAUAAACACAGAAAAAUUGAUAAAGUUAGUCAGUAAAUACCCGGAAUUGUACGACACCAGACACAAGGACAAUGGCGACAUGCAUAGGAGGGAGAACACUUGGCAGCGAAUAGCAAAGGAGUUAAAUGUUAACGUCCAGCUAUGCAAGGCCAAGUGGAACAUCCUCCGUGGAGGCUACCGCCGGGUCCUGCGCAACAAGGAAACCUCCUUCGGGGGCCGCAAGUGGCGCUUCGAGGACGACAUGAGUUUCCUGAAGGACUGCGUCAUGGAAAGGCGGCGCCACACCACUCGUGGCACCGAGGAUCCCGAAGGGGCCGCUCUGGACAACGAGGAGGAGUUCAUCACGAUUGUUAAGGAGGAACCAAUGGAGAAUUUGUAUGAUGGUUCGAGUGAUAACAUUCCUGAUGAGGAGUGGGUCAGCACGGGGGUUGCUGGGGAGGCUGAGCAAACAGGGGACGGGUUUAAGGUGGCUAAUCAGGGGGUUUCUGGGGUGGAAAGAGUAAGGGAGGUGGUGAAGGAGGUGGAUUGUGUUACCCAGUUUUUUCUUUCCAUGGCGGAGACUGUGAAGAGUUUGCCCUUGAUCAUGCAGGCUCGGGUUAAAGGGGAGGUGUUUAAGGCGGUGAAUGCGGCCGAGGUGCAGUAUUUGCAGGAAAAGGGUUGUUGCAGGUGUAAAGGGGAUAAGAAUAUAGACCAUACUUACAGUUAAAAGUUUGAGUUUUGGGUUUGGGAGUGCUUUAGGGUUACUUUUAGACUUUAGAGGGUAAAAUUUAUUAAGGGUCUAUGUAGGUACUAUUUUGAAGAUAUAUCCAUCCUGUCGUUAAAAACAGACCCUUUAGAUGACUUUCUACUAUUCUAGUUAUUCUACUACUGUGGAAUGUACAUAUCAAUGUUAGAAAGUUUCAAAACAUGUUAUUUGAAGAUAAAUUCAAAUAAAUACGUGUGGACAUACCUAUAAGUAGCACUGAAAAGAGUAUUUAGGAAACGGAAAGGAGACUUUUUGGGUCAAGAGCUAUUUUAAGAACGUUAAUAGAGUGUGUUAUUUAUGACAAUUGCACGAAGUGUUAUGGUUUUUUUAUACACAAAAAUGAUGGCUUAUUAUUGGAAAUAAAGUGUUUAUUUUGAAAGAACUUGGUGUUUA